GGGUUGGACGGGCAAGAGCUUUACGUGGGCCAUACGGGAAAAAUGCCAACUACGGUUUCUGAAGAGAAACUGCAUCUCGCGCUGCCCCCGGUUUCUCCCACUCCCCAGGGGGGCUGCGUGUGGCUCCAACAACGAUCGGCCGACGCUUUGCGACCCCAAUGCCCAAACAAAGAAACGUGAAAUUACCGGAGCCUCGCGCCCGCCACUCUGGCGAAACGCUGCGCCUAAACUAGUGGGUUGCGCCCCGCCCGCAAGCGCGUUGCGCCAGUGGUUGGCGGGCUCCGGCGUCACGUGCACUGCAUGGUAGGCAGUGAUUGGAGGAGCAGAGGCAGCCGCUCGUCCCGUCAGCCGCUCGGCGGCGGGGUUUGUUAGUUCCGGGUCGAGCCGUAGGUGACCUCCUGAAUCCAAAAGCUUUUCCCUGAGUUAACAUGGCUGCGGCCGGCAAGCGGCCGGGACGCCGAUGAGGAGCGGACGCGAGGCUUUUCCGAGGUUUUGCCCGCGAUCCCUCAGCAAUGGCGCUCCGGUCGCGGCUCUGGGGGAAGCUGUCGGUUUGCAGGAACCCCGGGUGUGGGGUCGCAGCGCUCUCAACCAGUUGCGAGCCAGCGGCGAAGCCUGAAGUGGACCCUCUGGAAAAUGCCGCUGUUGCCCCAGAGUUCACCAAUCGGAACCCCCGCAAUCUGGAGCUCUUAGGUGUGGCCAGGAAGGAGCGGGGUUGGGGGACAACGUGGCCCUCCCGUGAGUUCUGGCACAGGUUGCGAGUUAUAAGGACUCAGCAUCAUGUAGAAGCGUUGGUUGAGCAUCGCAACGGCCAGGUUGUGGUUUCAGCAUCCACUCGGGAAUGGGCUAUUAAAAAGCAUCUUUACAGCACCAAAAACGUGGUGGCCUGUGAGAGUAUAGGACGAGUGCUGGCAGAGCGAUGCUUAGAGGCAGGAAUCAACUUCAUGGUCUACCAACCCACUCCUUGGGAGGCAGCCUCGGACUCGGUAUUUUGGUUUUCAUGUACUUAUUUUUAAAAGAUGAAGCGACUGCAGGGUGCCAUGACGGAAGGCGGUGUGGUGCUGCAGGAGCCUCGGAGAAUCUAUGACUGAAAGAGGAGCAUCGUUCCGAACGUGUGACUAUAAAGCUGUGAGCCGUUGCGUCCUUCAGAAGGGAGCAUCUGGAAGGACAGCCAGCUUGGAAGUUUUGUACAGUCAUGUAACGGUGGAAUGUUAUCACUAGUUAAGGUCAUCCCCUCCUCCUCUUGUGCGUGUGUGUUGGGGGGCGGUGGUUUAAUUAAGGGCUAAAUUCUUCCCCUUCUUGGACAGAAGUAUCUGGGAAAAGCUGUUGCCAAUUAUAAUUAACUUUGCAAGGACAAAUUAAAUGUUGUUUAUAAGUUAAAGAAUAAACGCAGAUAUGAGCACUUUCUGGUUACAUGAAAUCUUCUUUGCCUUUGAGCCCUCUGUGGCAAGAGUACACAUAGGAGAUUUGUGCAAACUACUUGUUACCAUGUCCAGCUCAUAGUGGUUAAUUUCAAUAAAUGACAGCUGUUGCUCUUCA